AUGUCUCUCCCAUAUGCGCCCCGAUCAGCCUACUACGACGGCAAGCUUCAAUCAGGGUCGUCUACCUCAUCUUUCCAGACAAUUGAUCCUGCGACCGCCCAGCCCGUCGCAAACAUCCACACAACCUCAAAUGCCGGCAUCGAUGCUGCCAUAGCCUCGGCGCACAAGGCAUUCCCGUCAUGGUCAGCAACACCACCCAUUGAGCGCGCGCGCAUCCUCCAGCGAGCGGCUUCCCUACUUCGCGCGCGCAAUGACGAACUCGCGCGAAUCGAGACCAGCGAUACCGGCAAGCCCUUCUCCGAGACCUCGACCGUAGACGUAGUGACCGGCGCAGAUGUCCUUGAAUACUUUGCGAAUCUCGUAGGAGGAGGUGGAAUGAAUGGCGAGACGGCACAACUGCGACCGGACGCGUGGGUAUAUACCACAAAGAACUCGCUGGGUGUAUGUGCAGGAAUCGGCGCAUGGAACUACCCGAUUCAAAUUGCGUUGUGGAAGUCAGCACCCUGUCUGGCAGCAGGCAACUGCAUGGUCUACAAGCCGUCAGAGUUCACACCAUUGCACUCGACCGUUCUAGCGGACAUCUAUGCGGAAGCUGGUGUGCCGCCCGGUGUCUUCAACGUCGUCCAGGGCGGUGGCGAAGUGGGCGCAUACCUCACCAAGCACUCUGGCAUCGCCAAAGUCAGCUUCACCGGGCAGGUCUCGACCGGCAAGAAGGUUGCAGGCAGCGCAUCAGGCGAGAUGAAGUACGUGACAAUGGAACUAGGCGGCAAGUCUGCCUGCGUGAUCCUACCGGACGCCGACGUGGACCAAGCAGUCGACGGCGCAAUGUUGGCCAACUUCUUCUCAACAGGACAAGUCUGUACCAACGGUACACGAGUCUUCAUCCCCGAAGGCAUGAAACAGACGUUCGAGAAGUGUCUACUGGAGAAGAUGCAAUAUAUCCGCCCCGGCGACCUCCACGACCCAGCAACCAACUUCGGCCCGCUAGUAUCGAAGCCGCACUACGAAAAGGUCAUUCAGUACAUCAAGUACGGUCGCGACAACGAUAAAGCGAAGCUUCUCUGCGGUGGUCCGGAAACACCUUCUUGGGUCUCAUUGCACAGCGACAAGUCCUACCAGAACGGAUACUGGGUGCAACCCACUGUCUUUACUAACUGCACCGACGACAUGAAGAUUGUCCGCGAAGAGAUCUUCGGCCCUGUGAUGUCCAUCCUUACAUACAAGACCGUCGAGGAGGUGAUCCAACGGGCAAACAACACCGAUGUUGGACUAGCGGCGGGUGUCUUCACCAAGGACCUCAACCGGGCGCACAAGGUCAUUGCUCAACUCGAAGCUGGUAUCACUUGGGUGAACACUUGGGGCGAGAGUCCCGCUGAGAUGAGCGUAGGUGGAUGGAAGCAGAGUGGUGUGGGGGUUGAGAAUGGUAAGAAGGGGCUUGAGGCUUGGGUACGGAAUAAGAGUACGCUCGUUGAGAUGGGAGGUGCAGUGCCGACUGUAUUCGCGAAGCUGUAA